AUGGGUGAUGUCUUCCUGCUCCUGCUGCCGGCGCCGGCCCGGGAACGCGAACGGAUCGCGUCCGUCAAGGAGGUGCAGGGUAGGUCGGUUGGUCAGCGACCCAAGGUUUCGCGCUGGGAAACGGAAAAGGGGCUCCACUGGCAUAAUGAGUAA